AUGGAUCCAACUGCGCAACCAAGCGAGGAACCAAGCGAGGAACCAAGCGAGGAACGAGUCGAGCAAUUAAUGGAUGAUUUUAUGAAGGAUCUGAUCCAACAUCCAAUCAAGGAUCCAAUCGAGGAAUCAAUCGAGUACCCCUCGGAGGAUCCAAUCGAAUAUCGCUUUAAGGAUCCAAUGAAGAAUCCAAUGAAGAAUCCAUCCAAAGUUCGCGCUGGCCACAAAGCCACCAUCAACAGCCCAAGAGCGUCAGCUGAAGCUAAAGAGAAAGCUCAAGCUGUACUUGACAGCAUGGGCGCUGUCGGAGAUGGCCAAGCCGAGCUGGAGGCAAGGAAGAAUCCUCGCCGUGUCCAUAGCGCCUUGGAAGCGGCAUUAACAGACGAGACUAGAUCCGAAUCGGCCAGGCAGGCGACUAAAAAAAUUCUGGACGAGAAAUUUGGCGGCGGUGAACUAGGACCUUUUGUCCCGAAAGAAACUCAACUUGCCAUCGCAGGCUUGAAGAGGCAAUUUUCCCUGAAACGUGCCCAAGAACUUGAGCAGAAAUUGAAGCAUGAAUAUGGUGUGGCUGCUGAGUGCGCCAAAGAGCACGACAACAAAAAGGAAAAGGAUCCUACGCGUGUUGCUGCAGGUAUCAGGGCUGCUUUACUCAGGCCUGAAGUCUCCCUCGAAAGCAAGGUGGAACUUACGACGCAGCUUGAGACGCUUAAGAGGGAGUACCCUGAGCUUGAUCUCUGA